AUGCGCACAACUCUUCUAUUGUUAACCUUGCUACCGAUACUCUCCUGCAUCUGUACAUGUGCAGCAGCAGAGAGGAUGCCACUGCCGGUGCCACGUGUGGGUGGAUACGCUACAGAGGCGAAGGGACAAGGGUUCAAAGACAAACUGACAGACAGUGCAAACGAAUCGUGGAAUAACGGUCAAUUCACUACCACCACACCAUCCCUCAGUAUGAGUGAGUCCAUGAGUGCCUCUGCCACUCUUCCUCUCUCGGACACCACUACUGUUGCCCCAUCAACACCAGAUCAACAACAACAAGAAGCAGCAGCAGGAGAGCAACAGGCCGCCACUUCUGAGGAGUCGAGUACGACGAGCACCGCAGCACCGAAGAAGAAGAAGAAGAAGGACGGGGGCCGCGGCCCUGAGUGGCUGCACGGCCCGCUGGUGCUGCUCGCCGCCCUCACCGCCGCAGCGCUGUGCUGA